AGCAUAGGGUUACUUUGACGUUGAUUGACUUAUUAUCGUCCUCACAAGAUCAUCAUUGAAACCAGCAAAUAUACCAUCAGAGUGAAACAAAAUCAAUAAUUUCAUAGUAUAUUCAAAGCUUCAAACAAAUCAAAGAAAAUAUACAAAUGUCGGCUUUCACCUAUGUCAUAUUCUUUUUCCUCUUGUCAUCAUCCCUCGCAGUUUGUGCUCAAAACCAUACUUAUGUUUACCAUGACUGUCCGAAUACCACAACUUACUCAAGCAACAGCACUUACUCCACCAAUCUCAGAACCCUUUUGUCUUCUCUCUCUUCCCGCAACGCUUCCUACUCCUCCGGAUUCCAAAACGCCUCAUCCGGACAAGCCCCCGACAGAGUCACCGGACUCUUCCUCUGCCGUGGAGACCUCUCGCCGGAAGUUUGCAGCAGCUGCGUCGCCUUCUCCGUCAACGACUCAUUCACUCGUUGUCCGAAUGAGAGAGAAGCAGUGCUCUAUUACGACGAGUGCAUGCUCAGAUACUCUCACCGGCAUAUUCUCUCGGCCCUCACAAGAGCUGGUGAAAAGGACUCUAGUAAGGAACAGAAGAUUCCAUCUAACCAAUUAGAACGAUUCAGCAAUGUGCUCAUGGCCACCCUGAACCAAGCCGUCACGGAUGCGGUGAAAAGUUCUAGAAAGUUCGAUGCGCGGAAAGCUUAUGUCACAGAAUCUCUGACUGUUUACGGGCUGGUUCAGUGCACUCCCGACAUGACUAGACAAGAUUGUAUGACUUGUCUGCAAAUAUCCAUCAAUCAGUUACCUAUAGACAGGAUCGGAGGAAGAUUUAUUUUGGCGAACUGUAAUUCAAGAUUCGAGACUUACCCGUUCUACAACGAAACCGCCGUUAAAUCCCCACAACCAUCACCACCACCACCACGGGUUUCGGCUCCUGCACGACCUGGGAAAGAUGCGAAAUCAAACGUGUUAGUUGUACCCAUUGUUGUGUCAACUAUAGCGGUUGUUCUGCUUUUGAUAACUGGUUAUUGUUUCUUAACAAAGAGGAAGGAGGAAGCUUAUGGUACAGCACCUGCAACUGAUGACUUUCAUUGUGCAAAAGGAGAUGAAAUAUCAAACCCAGACUCGCUGCAAUUGGACUAUAAAAUAAUUCAAGCUGCAACAAAUGAUUUUUCAGAGAGUAACAAUAUUGGUCGAGGUGGAUCUGGCGAGGUUUACAAGGGUACAUUUCCAAAUGGGACUGAAGUUGCGGUAAAGAGAUUGUCGAAAACUUCAGGACAAGGUGAAACAGAGUUUAAGAACGAGGUUGCAGUUGUUGCAAAGCUUCAGCAUAGAAAUCUGGUUAGGCUUUUUGGAUUUUCUCUAGAAGGAAAAGAGAGGAUACUGGUCUAUGAGUAUGUGCCUAACAAAAAUCUUGAUUACUUCCUCUUUGACCCUGCUAAGGAACGUCAGCUGGACUGGAAUCACCGGUACAAGAUCAUUGGUGGAAUUGCUAGAGGGAUUCUUUAUCUUCAUCAAGAUUCACGACUUACAAUUAUACACCGUAACCUCAAAGCGAGUAACAUUCUCCUUGAUGCGGAUAUGAAUCCGAAAGUUGCUGAUUUUGGAAUGGCAAUGAUCUUUGGAAUGGACCAGACCAAGGAGAGCACAAAGAGGAUAGUUGGUACUUACGGCUACAUGUCUCCUGAAUAUGCGAUGCAUGGCCAGUACUCAAUGAAAUCUGAUGCCUAUAGCUUCGGAGUGUUAGUUCUUGAGAUUGUAAGCGGCAAAAGAAAUAACAACUUCUUUGAGAGAGACGGUGCACGAGACUUGGUCACAUACGCGUGGAAGCUGUGGAGGAACAAGACACCGUUAGAUCUAGUGGCUCCGGUUAUCAGACAUAAUUGCCAGAUAAAUAAAGUGGUUCAAUGCAUCCAUGUCGGUCUUUUAUGUGUGCAAGAAGAUCCUGCCAAUCGUCCAACCUUAUCAACCAUUGUUAUGAUGCUCAGUAGUAACACCGUAACUUUACCAGUGCCUAAGCAACCAAAGUUUUUUGCUCAGAGUAGACCCCAAAAAGAUCUGACUGAUUCAGAACAAUCUACUAAAAGCAACUCUGUCCCUUGGUCGAUUGACGACGCAUUAAUCACUGAAUUAUAUCCUCGUUGAAAUGAAAUGAAAUGCCUAUAGCAAUAUGUGGUAUUGGAGGUUGUUUUAGAAACUUGUUUCGACUGUUUAAUGUUUUGUAUGUAGCUGUAACUAGAAGUAUGUAUGAAAUGUAAGCUAUUUACACA